AUGAAUGAUUCUGAAUAUCGUUAUUUUGCUUAUGGUAUGCAUAGUCAAAUGGAAACACCAUCAAAUUAUUCAUAUUUUCAACCAUUUAUUGAGAAUGGUUCAUAUUUUGGUUCACCAAAUUAUUGUACGUCAUUUUUUACAAAUGGUAUAUGGAUGGGUUUAACAUCAAGUUUACUUUGUUUAGGUAUAUUAUUAUUUAGCAUUUAUCGUAUGAUGAAUACUAAAUCGAAUGAUCGAUUUGAUGAUCCAAAAGGAAAACUUUUAAUUAUCAAAGUACAAGAAUAA